AUGCACAAAGCCAUACUGGCAAAAGCCAACCUUGCUAAGCGAGGAUUACACUUGGAUGAGAGUUGCAGUUUAUGCAAUAAUGAACAUGAGACGCUGGACCAUAUGCUCAAGGACUGCUCUUUCUCGGACAGAGUUUGGAGAGCGUGUCACCUUGGUGUCUACUCUACUAGUCCAGGGAUUCCUAUCCAGGGAUGGAUUAAAAACAUCUUGAAAUAUCUGAUGAAUGAGGAUGGAAGAGGUGAUGAGAGAGUGGCUCAAUUUACUAUAACUCUCUGGGCUAUUUGUACUCAUGGAAAUGAUAUCAUUUUCAAAGGGAUAACCCCAAUUUUGGAUGUUGUGAUGAGAUGUAUUGAAGAGUUCAAAAAAAGGUGGGAGGACACAUCUAGAAGUAGAGAUUCAAGAAGCGAUAAUCUAAACUUAAAAAAAGUUGGGAAAAACAGAAAUGGUGGGGUCAGGGAAGGGUGCCAUUGGAAGCAUGGGGCGAUCAGCUCUCACAUAAUCGUCCAUAUUCUGGUGGAUGCUGCUUGGAAGAGUAACCAAGACCGCAGAAAUGAGUCGUGGGUGCAGCGGUAG